CUUAAUCUUCGGUCAAACCAUCCUUCAUUCAACCACGCUGAGGUUCCGCAAAGAGAAAAUAUCGCUGUGAUCGUAUAGCACCAGGACUUUCAGCAGUUCUAGGUAGCUUCGUAUCUGGGCGCAUCCUUAGUUUUGCCUCCCAACCAAACAGGGCUGCAGCCAUCUCCAACAUCGCUCAUUACGCCAACGACAUCCAGUAUCAUGAGUAACAAUUCGCUUUCGCAGUUUGCCUCGGCCGCCUCGCUCAAGGAACUAAAUGCUCGCUUUGCACAAUUAGCUAAGCAAGAUGAAGAGAGAUCUGAACUCACAUCUGGCGUGUUAAAGAGACUUUAUAGCUAUGAAAUGGAAAUUCAUAGACUUGAGUUGGAUCUAGAAGACCAGACGAAAUCACGCAUGACAUACCAGCAAGACGCCCGCAAACUAGAAGGAGAGAAGAGGGAGAUUGAGCAACUGAUUAAUAAAGACCCCUACGUUGUCGUCCUUGUAGACGGCGAUGGCUCUAAGUUCCUGGAUAGUCUCCUUCAAGACCCAGUCUCAGGUGCUGAUAAAGCCGCCCAGAGACUGAUACAAGGGAUUAAAGAUUAUCUGAAGGAUACGCCUUUAGGCGCCGUGGAGCUUCCUAUCCUGGUUCGCGUUUUCGCUAAUCUAAACGACCUGGCGAGGUCACUUCGCCUUUCCAACAUCAUCGAGUCGGCCGACGACAUGCGCACGUUUGCCGAGCAAUUUACCAAUAGCCGUGCUGAGUUCGACUUUAUUAAUGUUGGACGUGGUAAGGAGAAUGCCGAUUCUAAGAUGAGAAAAAUGUUCAAACAUUUCUUGAAGAACUUUCAGUGCAAGAAGAUUUUCUUCGCUGGCUGCCAUGACAAUGGCUAUCUCCAUGAGCUUAGGGAGCACGUAGGAGAUCCAGAUGCCAAGGAGCGUAUUGUCCUUCUGGAGACCACACCAGCGGAGCCAGGGUUUGUGGUCCUGGGCUUUCCUAUGAUACGCCUCGACACUGUCUUUCGUUCUGAGCCUCUUGGGAACGAGAAAAAGUACACGUAUCCGAAUCGCCCAUUGCCUAGUCAAUCCGGUCAUUCGUCAUUGCUGCUCGAAAAGUCGACCGUCGACGGAGGCUCGCGGGGGCCACUUGAGCCAUCACGUAUACAUCAGCCCCCGGCGUCUCUGGUGACAAUAGCUCCGUCCGAGGGCACCGCCUCGCCGUCUCCAACGCUACUGGCUGCAUCACUGGCCGCUUCCUCAGCGCAGCCACCAACUCCUACCGCGAGCGUCUCCACUUCCGGCAAUGGCGGCAUUUCUAUAAAGUAUCCUUCCAGCUAUGCCGCGGCUGGUAGUGCCAGUGGACACCAAAAUAUCAACGUCCAAGCUGCAAAAACCAAGAACCCCAAGACUAUUGAAUAUAACAAGUAUAACCAUCGUCUUGAUCCACCAAUUAAAGUUCCGAGCUUUAAUAAUAAUCCUUCCCAGGCGACUUACAAGGCGAAGGCGGAUAGGAUCAAGCCAAACGCCUUUUGCAACCACUACUAUUUAGCUGGCAAGUGCAAAUGGGGAGAUGAAUGCGAAAGGGACCACAGCACAAAACUCACACCCGGAGAGAUCGCCAUCCACCGCUACAAGGCGCGCACGAGCGUGUGCCCUGCAGGCCCGUCAUGCGACGAUUAUAGCUGCUGCCUUAGCCACCAUUGCCUUCACGAUCCACAGUGCACUCGCAGUGACUGCAAGUUCAAGAAUACAAGAUAUGGGGACUUGCAUUUGUCUAAGGAAGAUCUGGUUCCAGCAACACGGUGGACAGAGGGCAUUUCUUUUCCAACGACUCUAUAGAUAAGAGCAGAGGCAAAGAACACGCCCGAACCACAUGAAUAUCUAGAACAAUUUGCUCUAGUUAAACCUAAAUCUUAUAGUGGUAAUCAAUUGGUUUUUCCAGCGUUUCAACAACGAUAUGGCAAGGAUGUGGUCUCAGAGCUGGAUGUCAUCUUCAACUGCUGGCAUCUCUAAUCUGUUGAAUAUUGUUUUAGUUUGGCGCAAGCAACAUAUCCUGAGGGACAGGGUGUCCUGUCAUAGUCUAAAUUCGAGCGUCUCGUAGCAAAAAUUUCAGUUACAGACUCAGACGAUGACUUCUACUCCCAUGGCUUUUGUCUUCACAGUGAUGCGCCCAGGUAACUGGAUCAGAUCUAUACGAUUUCUGUAGUUCGCCGCCGAGUCGGUCAGCAUAUCAUUGGACGUAUGUAGCUUAUCUUUGUCUCGCAUUAUUUACUAAAAUAGGAUAAAUGAGUAGAUACCCUGGAGUUUAUACGUAUUGCUU